AAUUUUCCUACUCAACUGGGUCCCACUCUACCCUUCCCCUCUUACAUAGUUACAUACCAUGAAAGGAACAUGCACUCAUCAUAAGACUCCUCACACUUCUCUCCUUCCUCCUAUAUAACCCAAAAAGCCUGGGAUGAAGCAACACUACACAGAGAUACGCUUUAAGUUGUUGUUGUUAUUAUUAUUAUUAUUAUUAUUAUUAUAAUUAUAAAAAGGUAGAAGAGAAGAGAAGAGAAUUAAAAAAACCCAUCACCACCCCAUCAUCACAUUCCUAUAACAAACACCCUCUUCUCCCACUCUCCCCCACUUUCCCAUACUCCUCUCUACAAAGAAGCUAAAGUAGAGAGAGAGAGAGAGAGAGAGAGAGAGAGAGAGAGAGGGUAAGAUGGCUCCUCUUGCUCCUUUAUCUGAGGAGCCCAUUAGUGAGGAGGACUCAAAGAAGAGCUUAUCGAAGAGAAGCCACUCAUUUAGCAGCUGGAUGAGGAGCCACUUGCCUCUCCUCUUCAACAAGAAAUCCGACCUCCGCAUCCUCCUCAGCGUCAUCGGUUGCCCCCUCUCCCCCGUCCCCGUCCUCCCCAUGCAGUUCAAAAACGUGGCUUCGUCGGCCCAGUACAUCAUACAGCAGUUCCGGGCGACGACGGGGUGCGCGAAGAUCGAGGGGAGCGUGAAGAGCAUGUACGCGGCGGGGCGGGUGGGGCUGGUGAUGCGCGCCGAGGCCGGGCGCGGGCGCGGGCGGGGCGGGGCGCCGGAGACGCACGGCGGGUGCUUUGUGCUGUGGCAGAUGGCGCCGGGCAUGUGGCUCGUGGAGCUCGCCGUGGCCGGGCACCAGGUCGUCGCCGGGAGCGACGGCACCGUGCCGUGGCGCCGCACGCCCUGGCUCGGCGCCCACGCCGCGCGCGGCGGCGUCCGACCCCUCCGCCGCGCGCUCCAGGGCUUAGACCCAGUCACAAUUGCAGCAGUAUUUUCCCCCGCGGAGCACGUCGGAGAGAAGCAGAUCGGCGAAGAUCACUGCUUCAUACUGAAGCUCGAAGUCGACGCUUCCAUCUUAUCCAGCCUAAGCGACGGCACGGCAGAGAUAAUUAAGCACGGAAUGGUGGGCUACUUCAGCCAAAAAAGUGGCUUAUUGGUCCAACUGGAAGACUCACAAUUGACUCGAAUCCAAUCCCCCGGAGCCCAAGCCACAUACUGGGAGACCACAAUCUCGUCGACCGUCGAGGAUUACCGCCAAGUGGACGGCGUGAUGAUAGCUCACGCAGGACGAUCGACGGUGAGCUUGAUAAGAUUCGGGAUCGGCUUGAAGGUAAGCAGAGUGGUGACGCAGAUGGAGGAGACAUGGGCCAUUGAUGAUGUGGUGUUUAAUGUCCCGGGGCUCUCUCCUGAGUGCUUUUUACCCCCAGAGGAGGUUCAGAGAAGCCGUUUCUACGAAACUGCUUUUAAUCAGAAUAUACAGUGAGGCUUGUGUUCUCUUCUCUUCACAUAGGUGUAGUAGUAACUCUAAUAUUCCUUGUACAAAACCCUGUUGGUUGGCUUAUUAUUGACAAAAGCACUUGUGUACAUAUGUGUUGGAGUGGUAAGGUAUAUAAGGCUAAGGGUGUCUAUCAGAGCAAUUUUGGAUUUUUGUGUUGUUUAUGUGAGAAAAUUGCUCAGUAAUACAUCACACAUGGUAUUGUCCCCAGCACAAAGAGAAUGAUGUGCGUCUGGUGGAUUUGGACUUAUAUUGUUUGGUACAUUGUCUCUUUUGUUUGGAUUGUAA